UCCUCCAUUCGAUCCACCGAGCCGGGCCGUCCCACAAGAUACCAACGCUUCUUGCUAGACUGCGUGUGAGAGGACGAUCGAGCAGCUAGCUAGCCGGCGGCGACACCAUGGUGCUCUCGCGCGCGAGCUCCAGCCCGGACGACCCCGACGCCGCCGUGCGCUGCACCUUCGCGUCGCGCUACGCCUGCGAGAGCCUGCCGCGGUUCCGGAUGCCGGAGCGGUCGACGCCGAGGGAGGCGGCGUACCAGAUCAUCAACGACGAGCUGAUGCUGGACGGCAACCCGCGGCUGAACCUGGCGUCGUUCGUCACCACAUGGAUGGAGCCCGAGUGCGACAAGCUCAUCAUGGGCUCCAUCAACAAGAACUACGUCGACAUGGACGAGUACCCUGUCACCACGGAGCUUCAGAACCGUUGUGUGAAUAUGAUAGCUCACCUGUUCAAUGCACCAAUUAAGGAGGAUGAAACAGCUAUUGGAGUUGGGACAGUGGGAUCCUCCGAAGCAAUUAUGCUUGCAGGACUGGCCUUCAAGAGGAAGUGGCAAAACAAGCGGAAGGAGCAAGGGAAGCCAUGUGACAAACCCAACAUUGUUACUGGCGCUAAUGUUCAGGUUUGCUGGGAGAAAUUUGCUAGAUAUUUUGAAGUAGAACUGAAGGAGGUUAAGCUUAGUGAAGGAUACUAUGUCAUGGAUCCUGUAAAAGCUGUUGAAAUGGUGGAUGAGAACACGAUAUGCGUUGCGGCCAUCUUGGGCUCUACUCUCACUGGAGAGUUUGAAGAUGUUAAGUUGCUGAAUAAUCUUCUGACGGAAAAGAACAAGGAAACUGGGUGGGAUGUGCCAAUUCAUGUUGAUGCAGCAAGUGGAGGAUUUAUAGCACCUUUUCUGUACCCAGAGCUUGAAUGGGACUUCAGGCUGCCACUGGUGAAGAGCAUCAAUGUCAGUGGACAUAAGUAUGGCCUUGUGUAUCCAGGUGUUGGUUGGGUCAUUUGGCGGCGCAAAGAGGAUUUGCCUGAAGAACUCAUUUUCCAUAUAAACUAUCUGGGGACAGACCAGCCUACAUUCACUCUGAACUUCUCCAAAGGUUCCAGCCAGAUAAUAGCACAGUACUAUCAACUGAUACGUUUGGGAUUCGAGGGAUACAAGAACAUCAUGCAGAACUGCAUGGAGAACACGGCAGUACUAAGGGCAGGCAUAGAGGCGACUGGUCGAUUCGACAUCCUCUCCAAGGAGGCCGGCGUGCCCCUGGUGGCGUUCUCGCUCAAGGACAGCGGCAGGUACACCGUGUUCGACAUCUCCGAGAACCUGCGGAGGUUCGGCUGGAUCGUGCCGGCCUACACCAUGCCGGCCGACGCCGAGCACGUGGCCGUCCUCCGCGUCGUCGUCAGGGAGGACUUCAGCCGGAGCCUCGCCGAGCGGCUCGUCUCGGACGUCGUCAAGAUCCUGCACGAGCUGGACGCCCACGCGGCGCAGGUCGUGAAGGUCUCCAGCGCCGUCGCGAAGCAGUCGGUGUCGGGCGACGGCGGUGUGGUGACCAAGAAGAGCGUGCUGGAGACCGAGAGGGAGAUCUUCACCUACUGGAGGGACCAGGUGAGGAAGAAGACUGGAGUCUGCUAGUGUGAUAUAUGAUGGCUGAUGAUUGUGUGAUGCUGUGGGUAAUGCUUAAAUAAUGGAGUAAUUAGCAAGCAGGAUUUGCUCAAUUUGUGCUUGGGACUGGCACCUUAUGCAUAAUGACAAUGGAGGCUAGUGACAUCGCUAGCCUUGUUCUUGUGUUGAUGUAGAAAAAUGUGUCCGGCCACUGUAUCUGGUUCCACCCGUCUACCUUCGUUUACAGCUAUUUGAACUCAUCCACAUUUUUCCGAGUGUGGAAGAUUCUCUCGUGUUUAAAAGCAAGCGUUUUUCGAUUA